ACCUCAAUUGUUUAUGUAUAGUCAUUUGUCUUGUUUUUUUUUUUUAAAUAAAGAAAAAUUUAAUUUUUUUCUAAUAUUUGGAAUUAGAGGAAAAUCAUCGGUAUAUUUAGAUGUAAUAUGAAUUUUUGAAAAAGAAAAAAAAAUAUUGGAGGUGGUAGAUCUUUGUAUUUUUUUUUUUUUAAUAAAAAAAAGGGCAGGGCGAAUGUCGUGUUUUCAAAUAGAAAAAAAAGGUAUAUAAUAUGCGAUUCGUGUGAUAAUAGUCUAAAAUGAAUAUUAAAAUAAUGUCGUGUCAAAUAAAUGGUUGUGAUAAAGAAACAUGAUUUCAACAAAAUGAGAAGGUCUUAUAAUUCAGAUGUACGUACAGGCGAUGGUCUUGAGGUUACGAGACGUUUAUACAGAAGUAUAAGUGACAUUGCCAAAAGACUAAAUGAACAAAAAAGUCAUGCUUUGACAGUGACGGAUAUUUUUACACCUUCUGGCGAAACAUUACGCACUAAAUUACGUGAUUAUUGUGAAAGACUAAUUUUUAAGGAUCCAGUUAGUCAUGUUCGUAAAACAGAGGAAUUACUUUGGAGACGAGGUUUUUAUGAUGUCGUCUCAUUGGCGAAAAAGAUACGAAAAGGUAAUGUUUGGAAUGAUGCUGAAAAAGCAUUAUUGUCAGCACAUUUUGCUGUUGGUGUUGGUUUUUAUCAUCAUUUAAUUUUGCGACUACAAACCGAGUGUAAUUUAGAUCUCAUUGGAGUCAUUGAUUUUGCUUAUCCACAUAAUACAGUUAAUAUUAAAAGCAAAAAUUCACCUUCGAAACUUGAAACCGAGGAAGCAAGACAAUGCGCAAUUCGUUUUAUACAUCGAUGUUUAAUAUGUUUGGGUGAUUUGGCUCGAUAUAGAUUAGAUUUAGAGCCAAAUUGGGAUCCAUUAAUUGCAACUCGUUAUUAUAAAAUGGCAGUUGCAAUUGAUCCAAAUAUUGGUAUGUCACACAAUCAACUUGGUACAAUGGCUGGAAAUAAAAAUUUUGGAUUAGACGCUGUUUAUCAUUACAUGAGAAGUAUUUUAUGCUCCGAACCUUUUGACGGGGCUGAGGGAAAUUUACGAAGAACAAUAGUAUUACAUUCGACGAGUGGAAAAGAAAAAUGUUUAACACACGAGUGUAUUGCAAAAUUGCUUUCUCUUCUUCAAUUAUGGGAGAAUGAAGAAACUAGUCCUGAAUUUAUAAAUCAAGAAUGCGAGUCGCUGCUAAACACAAUCGAGAAUUGUUUAAAUCUCGAACGAUCGUUUCCAAAUAAAAAUCUUGAUGAAGUAGACGAUAUUGAAAUGUAUCUUCAAAAAUGUAAAAUUGAUGAUUCAAUUUAUUUCAAUGAUGAUAUAAUUUUCAAAAUAAUGGCAAUAUGCUUAAUGUCAAUAACAAAAUUACGCAAUAAAAAUUCCCAUGAUAUUAGGGGAAUAAUUGCCUUUACAUUGGCUGUGUUAUCACAAUUAGUUAAUUCAACAAUAUUACGAAUUCAAGAAUCUCUAAUUGAUGUCUCGCUUGCGAAUGGAGAAAAUGUUGAUUUAAAUUUACAAUUUGCCGAUUUUAACGGUGAAAUAAUAAAAGAAGAAGAAGAAGAAGAUGAUGAAGAAGAAGAAGAAAUUCAUCUUAAGGAAAUUAAUAACGAGUCAUUAAAUUUAAAUAAAAAUGAAAGUUUAACAACAAAUGGCAAUUAUACGAAUGGAAUUAAAAAAAAGGGACAAACAAAGGAUAAAUCAAAAAGUUUAUUAACUAAAUUACGUCGUAGAAAACGAAGAAAUAGUUCCGAUUCAGAUAAUAGUGAUGCUGCUCAACUUUCAUCGAGUGAUGAAAUAAAUUCUGAUAUUUCAGAAACUGAGGAAGACGCACUAAGUAAAGAAAAUCCCUUUUCCGAUGAUGCAUUAUCUGAAGAUUUAUCUGACGAGGAAGAAGUUGAAAAAGAUAAUGCCAUUACAACAGACAAUCACAAUUUUCCAAAUGAAGAAAAUCAUGAAAAGACUAAGGCUAUUUUAGAAAAUGAAAAUAAAAUCAAUGAUGUUCUAAAUGAAAAUCCUAAAUGUUCUGAAAGUGCCAUAAAAAAUUUAGAUUCAAAUACUAAUGAAGAGAAUAUUGAAUCUACAAUUUUAUAUUUUGCUCAAUUAAAAAAGCCAAAAUAUCAAAAACUCAUAUUCGAUGUACUUACAUCAAAUAGUCUUUUGAAUUCAGUAAAAUUAUGUUGCGAUUGGUUAAAAUGUCAUCCGGAUAUUAUAAAAACAUGUGCAUUAAAUUUGAAAAUUCUUAUAAAACGUUUAACAUUAUUAUUGAAUUUAAUUAAUAUUGAUGUGAAUAUUAUAAAUUCAAAAAAUUCCAAUAAUCAUAUUGAAUUUUUAUUGAGAAUUAAUAAUUAUGAGGAAUUAUUUAAAAAAAUACCAUUACCCGAGGAUGUAAAUAUGAAAGGUUUAAAAGAUUUAGAAUAUGCCCAUAAAGAAUUGGAUUGGAAAUUAUUGCGAAGAAUUAAAAUUAAUAAACGUGAACAAUGUAUAUUGAGAAAUUUAAAAUUAAUUGAAUUUGGCAAAUAUCUUUGUUCAAUGGAUUAUUUGGGAUUAAUGUAUGAUAAUGAAAAAGAAUUGUUUAUUAAAAAAAAAAUUGUGGAUACAAAUAUUAUUUCUAAUGUUAAUGAAAAAAAAUCUGAUGAUCAUCCAAGAGGUAAAUUAAUGAGACACAUGGGAAGAUUGUGGUUAAAAGCAGAAGUUCGAGCAUUAGAAAGUCGAUUGAGAUCACGAUUAAUGUCACCUUAUUUAGUACCUGAUCAUGAUGCAUUGGCAAAAUAUAUACCGGCUUUAAAACGACUUGUUUUUGCGAAAAAAUUUAUUAUCGUCAUUCCUGCUGUUGUUGUUUCUGCAUUGGACGAGGUGAAAAAAACAAGUGGACAAGCAAGAGAAGCGACAAGAUGGUUAGAGGCACAAUUGAGACGUGGUUCUCGUUUUCUCAGGGCACAAAGACCACAUGAAAGAUUACCACUUCCAUUAAUAAAAGGUCCACGACCAAAGGAUAAAGAAUCAUGGCUUUAUUUUCAAAUUAUUGAAUGUUGUCAUUAUCUUACACAACAAUCAAAUGUUGAAGUGACUAGCGAUUCGGAAAUUCCAAUUGUUACACUCUUAACGGGAUGCAGUGCUGAGGAACAAAAAGCACUCACAAUUAGUCCUGAAGGUCUAGCAAAAAGUGCAGGUGUUAAUCUUGAGCAUAUUGAAGCAUUUCAUACAAAAUGGAAAGCUUCAAGCAAAAGUCACGGUUGAACAGUUUUUUUUUUUUUUUUUUUUUUUUUUUUUUUAUAUUGAAUGGGGUCAGCUUUUAUCUCGCGUUGGAGCAACAAUUGACUCGCUUCCAGAGAAGCAUACAAAAAAAAAAGGAAAAUUGCUUGAACGAGUUAACAGGGUUGGAAACCCGCGAUGAAAAACAAAUCCUUACUCAAAAAAAAAGAAACAAAAAUCUGGAAUGUCUUCUUUUUUUUCGUAAAACAUUUUUUGAAAUAAAUUUUCCUUACAAUUUAA